AUGUGCCGUACAUCUCAGGCACAGGCAAAACACAAGAAAGGCAAGAGGGUCCGCAAGGUGAAGCUUGUGACGGACGUGUUCAUUGCCGAUGAAGAGGACGGGAAGUUCCUUACUUGCAAGAUCCAGGACAAACAGGUCGUUUUACAAGUGGAUACUGGUUCCCGUACUACGCUUCUGGAUGAUCGUACGUACAAGACACUGGGCGAGCCAAGGCUACAUCCCUCUCCAGUCCGUCUACGCGCCUUCAACAAGAAUGAAAUUCCGCUUCGUGGGGCGGCAGACCUUCAUGUCUUCAUCGAUGGAAGAGAAGAAACCCUACCACUCGGUAGAUGUACCAAGACCUUGGUUCAUCUCCAUCUCGAAAACGACGCUCAGCCAAAGUUUUUCAAGCCACGACCGAAUCCUUUUGCGGCUCGUGAGGCAGUACAAGCUGACCUUCAACGUCAGGUAAAGAAUGGCGUGCUGGAACCAGUCGAGGUGUCGGAAUGGGCUACCCCCAUUGUGGUUGUUCCGAAGCCGAAUGGAGCUGUUCGAGUCUGCGGUGAUUUCAGCGUCACAGUGAAUCCCCAGAUUGAGAUCGCGCAGUAUCCUUUGCCUCGAACGGAAGAGCUGUUGGCAGUGCUAAGUGGAGGCCAGAAGUUCACCAAAUUGGACUUGUCUGAGGCGUACCUCCAGAUGGAGCUGGAUGACGAAGCCAAGAGGAUAUUGGUAGUCAAGACGCACAAAGGCUUAUAUCGGUUUAAUCGAUUGCCGUUUGGCAUCGCAUCUGCCCCUGCGGUGUUUCCGCGCACAAUGGAGCAAGUGAUGCCGUCUGUCGCUUGCUAUCUGGACGACAUAAUUGUCACUGGCAAGAACGGCACGGAGCAUCUCAAGAACUUGGAGCAAGUCUUAGAGCCCCUUCGACAGUUUGGUUUCACACUAAAGAAGGAGAAGUGUGCCUUCAUGCAGCACCAGGUGGAAUACUUGGGACAUGGUGUUACAGCGGAGGGAUUUCGACCAUCUGCCUAA